AGUUGUUUGAAGGAGCAAUGCCAUUACACCGUCUGCGCACGUGGAGAGUAAACAACUGCUGCGCCGAAAAAACACGGACCUUUGUCAAACUAUUAACUUUUGUGCAGUUGUGGUUUGCUUAUGAGCACAUCGAAACAUUUUUUUGCACUAUUACUCAUGUUACAUGGGGAGUUUCUGUGAAUUAUUUAAACAACAUUUUGCGGAAGAAACAACUGAAUCGAUUUUUAAGUUAAACGCAUUGUGAAGAAGUAUGGUAGAUAAAGGCCCCCUGUUAACUUCGGCGAUUAUUUUUUAUCUGUCCAUCGGGGCAGCAAUAUUUCAAGUUCUUGAGGAACCCAAUUGGAAACUUGCAUCAAAACAGUACAGGGAUCAAAAGAAUAAGAUCCUGGAAGAUUACCCCUGUCUCACGAAAGAUGACUUGGACAGAAUAUUAGAGGUCAGGAAUGAUCCUCUAGGGUCACUCAGUGCAGUCAUGAGUGCAUCUGGAGAUAGAAUCAGUCACCGGAAGGAUGUUCUUUAGACACAACAACCCUCUCACUAUUACUACUACAACUUUCUGGGACAACCAGACCUUAGAUCCUUUAUGUGACAUGAAGGUUGUUUUGGUACAAGAGGUGGUGUCGAAUGCUGCAGACCAGGGUGUCACCAUCACAGGCAGCAAGACCUUCAACAACUGGAACUGGCCUAAUGCGGUCAUCUUUGCUGCUACUGUCAUCACAACUAUUGGUUAUGGGAACAUUGCCCCCAAAACAUCAGCAGGACGGGUAUUCUGCAUAUUUUAUGGACUUUUUGGGGUCCCUCUUUGUCUGACUUGGAUCAGUGAACUUGGAAAGUUCUUUGGUGGUAGAGCCAAGCACCUGGGCCAGUAUCUUACAAAGAGAGGAGUAUCAUUGCGGAAGGCACAGUUUACCUGCACAGCCAUCUUCAUACUCUGGGGCGUGCUAGUGCAUCUGGUCAUUCCUCCAUUUGUGUUCAUGUCCCAAGAGGGUUGGACCUAUGUGGAAGGAUUGUACUUCUCCUUUGUCACCUUAACCACUAUUGGCUUUGGUGAUCUUGUUGCCGGUGUGGAUCCAAAUGCAGAUUACCCUACUCUUUACCGGUAUUUUGUAGAAGUUUGGAUUUACUUGGGCCUGGCUUGGCUAUCUUUGUUUUUCAACUGGAAGGUUCGCAUGGUAGUGGAGGCCCACAAGGCCCUUAAGAAGCGACGUAAGCGACGUAAGCUAUCCCUGGAUGAAUUAAGACACCACAAGGAAAGCCACAAAGCCACCCUGCGCCUGCCAUCUACUGACAAUGAUGCCAAUAUCUUCAGGUUCUUGUCCAAGAAGCAGGAGGGCUAUAACGACCUCAUCAAGCAGAUUGGUGCCAAGAAAGAAAGUGAGAGCCACUGCAGCACUGGCGCCACUGGUUCCAACAUCAAGGUGACAAAUCGCUCCAAGAGCUGCAAUGAAGAGGUCACUUCGAACAGAAACACCAUCCUAAGCCUGGACCGGUCACCACGGCAAAAAAGAAGAUAUAGCUUUAGUGACCGUGUCACAGUGGCCUUUUCAAAGUCUAAGAACUACCUCCUGGGGUCUGAGAAUGGCAUGCUGUUGACUGAGGAACUAGUAGAGGGCGAACAGGAAAGAAUGUACGAGAACCAGCUCGAUAAAGAUGUUGACCAGGAGAGUGGGGCGAGUGGUUUUGGAGGGGCGGGAGGCUGUGCUAUAGGCAGCCAUAGGACAUGGGACACCAAAGACUACCAGCCCUUAAUUUUCCAGAAUGCAAAUAUCACUUUUAUUGAUGAGGAUAACUUACUUAACAAUAUUGAGGAAGAUGAUGAGGGUGACACCAAUGCCAAAUCGUCUAUUACCACAUAUGAUGAAAAUGUGGAGUCGGAGACAGACUCUAAAGAGGAACCAGUCUCAGAGUCCGAAGGAUCUGUGUUCACAAGUGACGGGUCGGAACAUGGGCAUUCAUAUGAGAAGCUCGUGGAAGAGUAUUCCAAGGAAGAUAACACAGAGUCUUAAGUAACUGUCAUUUUAAGAUUCCUAACUGUUCACCUCUUGUUUUAGAAAAGGAUGAAACAUGAGAGUUUCAUCUAUAAGAAUGUUCACUGUAUUUCCACAUUCAAGUAUCGGCUCACGCAUGCCCUUUUUUUUAUAAGAUAUACAGUAUAUGACAGAGGGUUAUUUUAUUACCACAUUAAAUGUAAAUACCUUAACAAUCUCUUACAAAGCUGUAAAGCAUACAUUUCAUAGACUGAUAUAAAAUUCAGUGGCACUAAAAUCUGUCAUCAAUAAGGACUAGGAACUUGAUGUUCCCCUUUGAUGUUCAGUGAGUUCAACUCAUGUUCAGUAUUUGUUUGGUCCAAAUGUCAAUUUACCUGUAUUUGCCUAUACUUAUUUCUACUCAUUAGGAAUUGUUAUUAGGAGAAUUGCCCCUGGCAUGAUUAAUAUUCACCAUAUUGGUGCAUUUUAUGUAUUUCUAAAAUGAAGGACAUUUCAUUCUUUUGAAUUAAUAGUAUACCAAUGUCAAUUUAUUGCAAUAAGAGCAGAGUUCCCUUAAAAUCUUCUCAAAGCAGAAUCUUCUCGACCCAAACCAAACGCUUUCAUUCCUGCUUUGAUAUGAGUCAAUAUACAUUAAAUUUGUUAUCUGAAAUGUAUGUUUAUAUUGACUGUGAGUUUAGUAUUUGUAUUGUAACUUGGAUGUAAAUAGAUACAGGCAUAAAGUCUCCUCGCUAGGAUGAGGGAACAACUUGAGGCUGCCUAGUACAGAGAAUUUGGGUAGUAACACAGAAGUAUUUUGGGACUGGUAGAAUUCAUAACUCUUCAAUGAAAGAUAUUUCAGACAAAAUGUAGAUAUACUGCCCAAUUGUCUUACCUGUAAAAGGGGGCUCACAUAGUCCUGCUUCAGAGCACAAAAAGGUCUUGUUGGACCACAUGGUGAUCUCAGUUUAAAUUGAUUUAUGAUGAGUCCCUGUGACUGGGGAACCACUGGUAUAGAGCUCAAACCUGUUUAUUUAAUUGAUUUUAUAUUUUUUUAUUGGGUUAUUAAAAAAAAAAGUCCAAGUCCACUCAGUUAGAUUAAAAAAAACGAUGAUAUAUUUUUCACAAUUCAAAUCUCUACAAAUGUGUAUUGCAGUCUGGCCUUUUCGAGACAUGUUUUUAUUUGCUAUAUAAACAUUGGAAAAGUGCCUGUCAGUUGCUCCCACCACAGUUUUGUCCAGGCCAUGGCCUUGCAGCCUGUAUUUACUCAUGGGGGCUUGUGCUGGCAUGAAUGACGGAAAUGUAACUCAUGUGGGUGUCGGCAUGAAUGACGGAAAUGUAACUCAAGGUUAACGUGUGGUAGAUCAAUGUUCCUCUGACGUGAGAUCAGUCAUGACACGUUAAGAUGUAAAUUUCUACGCUUAUAUCUUUGUUUGGCAUUGUUUUUUUUUUUGUUUUUUUUCAGUGCUCAUCUCUGUAUAGUUGAUCAGUUGGUCAUAGUUGUUAGUGUAAAUCAUUUUGUACUGUGGGUUAAAACUGUAGCCUGCCUGUAUAUUUAAAAUAGUUUCUAGGAAGUUUUGCAAAUACAUGUUAGAGAUGAAGCAACCUCUUGUAUGUAAGCAUAAAAAUCAAGGCACCAUUGGAAUUUUUUGCAAGCAUUUAUUCUGGAGAAUGUUGGACAAAAUCGACAUUUAUCUGGACAGUAUCAAAUGGUUCCUUUUGUGCUGUGACAACAGUAUGUGUGCAUGUAUGGUACGUCUGUGAAUUUAAUUUCAGAAAUGUAUUCCUUAUCAACAUGAUCAAACAAGAAGUUUGUUGGUUUGAACAUGUCUUGGAAGCUGCCUCAACUUGAUUGGUUUGCCAUUUCAUUCAUUCAAAUGAUUGUGCAAAUGUGCUUGUUGAAACGUACAUUUGGUGUGUAUAACUGAAAUGGCCAGUCUUGCACAUUAUCUCCAUGUAAGCAGAACAAAUAUCCAGAUUCAUUGGUAAUUAAUCUAAGCAAUGGGCAUGUUAAUGUUUAUGUAAGUAAAUGGAUUCUUGCUCAGUCCCAUUGCUCUACAGCUGUAAUUUCUCACUCCCAAUCACACAUGUGACCUCAUGGGCAUAUUUGUUACUUUCCUGUAAUAAUAUCUAAUAUGUCUGCAUGCUCCUCUGUGUUUCUCCUUUUCACGUUUCUUUGCCAAAGCGUAACGUUAUGUCAAAAGAUGCUGCCUACAGUAUUGCUCAUACAUGCUUCUAAUAGUGCCGAAUCAGAAAGUCUUUGUAGUAAUAACAAUGGGGAGAAAUCAUUGUAAAUGCCAGAUGUAGGUGUUAAUAAGACUUAAAAGCUGCCUAGUCAACUGAAAUUAUCAGGUUGUUAAAUGUCAAUUGUGGAAUAGCUGAACAUUGGUGAAUCUGAAUUAGGGUUAAGGUUAUUUUAGAGACAGCAAAAGGAAAAAGAAAGCUGAAUAACUGAUUAGGAUGUAUUGCUUGAGUAGUUUGUCAUUGGAAAUCAAAAGGUUUUGAAUGCAUUUGCUCAAGUUUUCAUUCAUUUGUCGCUCCAUUAUGUGAAACUCCAGUCGACUUUUAUAUUAAGUUAUUUACCACUUGUAUAUUGUCUUGUACAUACAAUUCUUGCAAAACCAUAUAUAUUUUAUUUGUUUGAAUAAAUUAAAUUUUUAAUGUGA